AGAGGAGCAUUUGGGUUAUCAGAGCACCAGUUGUUACCAUUCCAGUUUUUGAGCACUAUCAAGGGGUGUAAAAAACUGACGAUACCCAAGGUCUCAUCUAAUUUCCCUUGGGGCGGUAAAGAAGUUGCCUCUCUCUGCUCAAGCACAUGUCUGUACAUCAUGGCAAGAAUGGAGGUUCCAGCACAGAACAUGUUUGUGGAGCUAUCUGAUGACAGUGAUUUUGAAAGCCCAGUUUUACAGCAAAGGAGAGUGACUCAGAGAGAUGUACCGUCUGCAACCCAGCAGGACCACUGUGAGAAGCAACAGGGUGUUGAAACCAGUGCACCAUCUGACAAUGGAAUGGAUUUACACGCACAGCAACGGCCAAAUGAAGCUACUACUAACUUUACAGAUUUCAUUCUUAUUGAUGCUGAGGAAGAUGAUGCUAUUGAGGAGGCCAUCAGACGCAGUCUUUCUGAAGAGCCUGUGCAGUCCUUCCAGGAUUCAAGGUUUGCAAAAACUUUGAGCAAAGAAGAAAUUCAAGGAAUAAUAAAAGCACGCAGUGAGAGGGUUGUCACAACAGCUUACAGAUCGAUCUACAUCAGCCGAAGGAAUGUGUGGCAAACUGCCCUCCGACAGUUUAGCAGACAAAGAUUUGCUGAGAGCACAGAUGUUUUGUACGUCACCUUUGCCAGUGACGAAGACACCAGUGAAGAUGCAGAAGACCUUGGAGGACCCCGGCGAGAAUUCUUCCGUCUUCUUGUAAAAGCCAUCUACAAAGAGAGCGGGGCAUUUGAGGAGUCUCCAAAAGGCUUCAUUCCAAGAAUGAACAUUUCUCAUAUACAGAAAGGAGUGUACCGCACUAUUGGACAGAUGAUGUCAACCAUCAUAGUACAGGGUGGUGAACCUCCAGCUCUCCUUUCUCCUCUUGUUGUGGACUACUUUCUGACAGGAAACAGCUUUCAGGUGAAUGUUACUCCAGAUGACAUAGCUGACAUGGCACUGAGAGAAGCCCUGAAGAAGGUUGAUGAGGCAGCAACCACAGAUGAGCUGGAACAAGCACUGGAAGGCUGUGACUCAUGGAGAUAUGAAAUCGAAGGUCUUCCGAACCCAGUCAGCAUGAACAACAAAGAUGCAUUUGUGCAGAAUGCAAUACGUUUCCAUGUCCUCAUUCAACGACAGAGCUGCUACGAUCAGUUAGUUGAGGGUCUGAAGUACUGUGAGGUUCUGCCACUCUUGAAAGAAAACCCUUGCCUUAGGGUCCUUCUUGAUAUGCCUGAAGAACCAAAUGAUGUCACAGCAGAUGUUGUGGCUACCCUUCUGAAACCCAACUACUCGGUUCUAGGAAGUAACAGAAGACCAAAGGAGGAGUUAAUGGUGGUGAAGUUCAGAGAGUUUCUUCACUGUGUACAAGAGAAAGAGGUUGGGGAACGUCUUCAUACUAGGAACCUAACUGAGGCAGAAAAGGCAUUCAUCCUGACACUGAAUCCUGGACACAUCCUUGCCUUUGCAACAGGAAGCACCAAAGUACCUGCAAUUGGAUUUUUUCCCAGUCCAAAACUAACUUUCGUCCAUGAUGACACGAAACACCUUCCCAUCGCUCAUACAUGCUCUAAUGAGCUUCAGAUCUUUGUUAACAGAAAGAAUCUGGCCAAUGAUGAUGAGUUUGAUUACCAUUUUCUUGUGGCUCUCAUGAAUGGAGCCAUUUUUAGUGCAGUGUAGUCAACAAAAGAACAAAACAAUGCUGAGAUUACAUAGCUAUGCAUAGACGUAAAAUAAAUAAACUGGUGGGUGGCUUUUCUGAUUUUAUUUUUCUUUUCUGUUAAGACAUGUCAUAAUAAUAACAAUAACUGUUUAGUCCUUCCAAAGUCUGUCGGUAUGUUGUAGUUAACAGGCUUUACCAAAUGUUCACCGCUACUAAUUGAUACAUUGUUGAUUCUGAUGAUGAUCUGUCAGUUAUUUUUAUGAUUGUCUAUAAAAUGACAGAAACGUUUUUAUAUUGUUUUUACCAGAGCCAACAAAGAGCAGAGCAGCUGUGUUACAGUUACACAUUUACAAUCUUGUGGAAUACAAAUUCCUGCACUCUGUGAUAUAAUGUUUUUCCUUUGUUACCGUCAUGUUCCAGAGGGUUUACUGCAGCAACUAGUUCCUGCAUGUCCUGCUGGUUAAGUGUGCUAAAGGAGUAGUCUGCACGAGAUGUUGAUGCCAAGUCGACUCUUCUUUCCUCAUUUGCAGCUUCUGGAUGGUUAAGUAACAGAAGAUGUCCGUCUAGUGUGAAAAGCUGAACUGGGCUUCUGUUCUGUUCAGAGGAAACUGAAUGAUUGCUGAAUGCAGCUUUAAACUCAUUCAAAGUUUGGUUGAUCCUGGGAAUGUACACAUAAUGAAGACAAAAUAAAUCUGAUUCAUUGUCUACAUCCAAGGCCUCCAUUGACUCCAGCUCAUAGAAAAUAGGUGCAAACACAUCACGGCAGUUCCUGUUCAGGUCUCGAUUGAAGCGUUCAAUCCGCUGGUUAUGGACAGAGCUUCCAGUCAACACAGAGUUUUCACCUCUAUGCUCUCUCAUGUGUUCACAGAUCUUGACAUUCUCCCCUCCAUGAUCAGUUCGGAUGUGAAAAGGCCGACCAUGUGCACUGAUUGCUGUACUGAAGAGGUCCAUAACAGUUUCAGCUCGAUUGUUGCUAGAGCACUGCAGAAACGUUAACAUCCUACUG